AUGCAGACAUCUUCUCUCUCCAUAAUCCGCCACUCAUCUCUUCUCCUCCGUCGCACGUCGAUUUUUCACGGCGGAUACGGAGUCGGAGUUGGAAUCCGCCCUAGCUUUUACCUUCUCUCAGCGAGACGAGAUAAUCCUGAUGUCUCUAGAAAGCCUCAACCGAGUAAGAAUAUGCUCAGAGCGAAGCAUAUCGGUAAGGAUUACUCUUCCUUAGCGCCGGUUCUCUCGCCGGACCACAAACCUUCGCUCUUGGAGUCUCAAGCCAUCGGUACUGUUGCUACUGCUCAAGCCAACUUUAUGCGCGUCGUUGUUCACGACGUAGCUGGUUCUGAGAAGAGCGAUGAUGGUUCUUCUAAGAAUGGCGUUGAGCUGCUUUGCGUUGUGAGAGCUGUGUUGAAGAAGAUACGGAGGAGAGUUUUGGUUGGGGAUAAGGUUCUCGUUGGAUCUAUCGAUUGGGUUGAUCGGAGAGGAAUGAUCGAGAAUGUGUUUCACCGUCGCUCGGAGAUUCUGGAUCCACCGGUUGCGAAUGUGGAUCACUUGCUGGUUCUAUUCUCUCUUGAUCAACCAAAACUGGAGCCAUUCACACUCACCAGAUUCUUGGUGGAGGCUGAAUCCACUGGAAUCCCACUAACUCUUGCCUUGAACAAAUCUGAACUCAUCACUCAAGAGAAAUUGGAAUCUUGGAAGAUAAGAUUGCGAGGAUGGAACUAUGAACCAUUCUUUUGCAGUGUGGGGACUAAAGAUGGACUCGAUGCGAUUGCAUUCAUCUUGCAAAAUCAGACUUCUGUGAUUGUUGGCCCUAGUGGUGUGGGAAAGUCGAGCUUAAUCAAUAUAUUGAGAAGUAACUCUGGUCAUGCGAUUGAAGAAGAAAAUUGGUUUGAGCCUAUAUUAGGUAAUAAGUACUUUGAAGAUCAGCGUGUUGGGGAAGUUUCAAGUAGAAGUGGUAGAGGUAAACAUACGACAAGAAAUGUAUCGCUACUGCCGCUCUCUGAAGGUGGUUACCUUGCUGAUACUCCUGGCUUUAACCAGCCUAGUUUGCUCAAAGUAACAAAGCAAUCACUUGCCUUCUGUUUCCCUGAGAUACGGAAAAUGAUUGAGGACGAAAAAUGUGGAUUCAAAGAUUGCUUGCACAUUGGCGAGCCAGGAUGUGUAGUGAAAGGUGAUUGGGAAAGGUAUCCUUUCUACAUACAGCUGCUUGAUGAGAUCAGAAUCAGGGAGGAGUUUCAACUUAGGACUUUUGGAACCAAAAGGGAAGGAGAUGUUAGGUACAAGAUGGGAGGCAUGGGUGUGAAACAAGCUGAACCACGGUUAGAGCCGAAGAAGCAUAGGAGGGAGUCGAGGAAAAAGGUGAAACAGACAAUGAUCUCUGAGUUAGACGAGCUCGAAGAUGAAGAGAGUGACUUGGACAUAGAGGACGACCCAAUUGUUCGAGCAAUUGAGAAUGAGAGAAAGGGAUGA